AUGCACCAAAUUCAGAUCAUCGUCAAUGGUGCGUUUGCUACCACAUGGAUCUACGGUGGAUCUGCGGAUGGUCUUGAUGAAGUUGCAGGCCUGAAUUACGUGCUGCGAGCGUUCUCGAAUGAAAUGACCGUCUUCGCCAUCUCUGGCCUGCCCGCGUCGUGCGAGACGUGGUGCCGCGCCAUCGGCGACCUCACCUCCGGCACCACGCCCCUCAUCAUUUCGCACGGCGGCCCCGUCGCCAGCUACGAGUGCCUAUCUUCCAUCGCCGACCUCACCGUGCCGCUCGUCUUCUACGACCAGCUCGGCAACGGCCAGUCGACGCACCUGCGCACCAAAAACGGCGACGAGGCGUUUUGGCUCGUUGAGCUGUUCACAGCCGAGCUCGAAAAACCUCUUGCGGCACCUCGGGCUUGCGGGCCGGCCUGCAGCCACCUCCGACGGCUGGUCAUUGCAAGAAGCUCGGCGAGCAUGGAUGCCUGGCGGAUCAUCAUCACCACGCUGCGUGACAUGAUGCCCGCUAAGGAAUGGGCUGUGUUUGACAAGGCCGACGAAACGGACGCGUAUGAGGGCGCCGAGUAUGAAGCCGCCAUUGACGUCUUUUACCUGCGCCACCUGUCCUUCGUAUGGACCGAGGGAGCUGACCAUUACCGGCUCAUUGCGGGAUUAUACCGUGGUACAGCGCCCACGUUGCUCAUCAAUGGCUCCGAUGAUGAAGCGCAGGGCGUGGCCAAGCAGCCCUCUUUCGACUUGCUCGGCCAAGUCAAGUGGGUGACGCUGGACAAGGCGGCGCACUUUUCGCAUGUGGAUCAACGAGAGAAAAACAUGCAGCAUGUCAGUGCUUUCUUGGCAGCGGCAUAG